GGGAGGGGGGGUCGGGGGGAGACGAGGCGGCGUCCGCCACUUGUAAACACCAUGUAAACACUUUCGCUUUCACUGAAGAAAGUAAAAACCUAUUAUGUUUGUUCUUUAAAACGCUUUUAAUGUGUGGAUUAAUUAUGCUGAUUGCAUAUUUAUGUGACUCUUGUUGUUGUCAUUAAAUUGUCAUGGUUCCUGCAGAUUUAAGUCCAACAUCACCACUUUCCAGCAAAGUCUGGAAAUCUGAUUUGUACCGCCUUCAACAAGAGGCACCCAAAGCUAAAGCUAUCGUAGCCGAUGGUCCUGUCCCAGGAAGACCAGCUCAAUUUGGAGGGGAAUUCCAUGGUGUGUUGUCACAUCAAGAUGCCCUUCGCCUUCUAAGAGAUGAUGGGGACUAUUUGGUUCGUCUCAGUGCUGGCAAUGAUGGAUUCCACACACUGUCGUUGCGAUUCAACAAGAAAGUUAGCCAUUAUAAACUUUACUUUGAUGGUCAGUUUUACGUACGUGCUAAUGACAAACGGUAUGAGUCAGUUAAGGAUUUGGUCGCCGAUGGUCUUGUUACAUUACAUAUGGAACAAAAUGCAGCCCACUACAUUGAGAGAAUGCAUCAGCACUCUUAUGAACAGAGUCCUUACAUGACCCUCAAUAAAUUGAAACGAAGGGUCUUAAGACAGCAUUCAUCAAGAAAACAACAGAUAGCUGCUGUUGAUGGACUGCCUGAAAAAAAGAGUGCAUUGAGUGAAGCCAUAGCAGUUUCUGAAGGAGCUGAUCAGAAGCCUCAUACAUUUAGAGUUCAUACUUUUAAAGGUUUGAACUGGUGUGAACUCUGUGGAAACUUUCUAUGGGGAUUUACUGCGCAAGGUGUAAAAUGUGAAGAUUGUGGAUUUAGUGCUCACAACCGCUGCUCAGAAAAAGUGCCUUCUGAUUGUCAGCCUGAUUUAAAAAACUUUAGGGGUGUGUUUGGCCUUGAUUUAACAACUUUGGUUAAAGCCCAUCGCACUCUAAGACCAUGGGUCUUGGAUAAAUGCAUUGCAGAGAUGGAGGGACGCGGGCUUACAUCAGAGGGUCUCUAUAGAGUUUCUGGCUUCCAGGAUGAAAUUGCCUCCCUCAAACUUGCUUUAGAUAGAGAUGGCGAGCAUGCAGAUUUAAGUCCUCAAGCCUAUGACAAUAUAAAUGUUAUAGCUGGUACUCUGAAGUUGUAUCUGAGAUUACUUCCUAUACCUUUAAUUAGUUUUGAAGUUCAUCCUGUUCUCAUGAAAGCAGCGCAAGCCAGUUCACUGGAGACAAAACUGAAAGGAAUUAAGGAUGCCCUUUCUCUUUUACCUCCACCUCAUUUCCAUACACUCAAAUAUUUUGUUGAGCACUUAAACAGGGUUGCUCAACUCAAUGAAGUCAAUAAAAUGACUUCUCACAAUCUGAGCACUGUAUUGGCUCCUACGCUAAUGCCAACACCAGACCUUGCACUUUUCUCUGGCAGUAUUCCAGCUAUGGUUCAUGAAAUCACAUCUUUGGAACUGAUUAUAUCACACCAUGACAGUAUCUUUGUUUAGAACUUUUUUUUAAAUAGAUAAAUCUCUUUUAUAUUUCAUUUUAAUGUGUUGAAUAUUGAGGGUGCAAAAUGUAUUAUGGUGUAAGCAGCACAAGUAUUUUGUUAGGUAACGUGUUAAAUGUAGUUAGGGUUUGUUUUUUUUAUCUAAAGGGAUAUUUUUUAUGAGUCUAUACUAUUGAUUUGUAUUAUUUAUUAAUCAAUACAGCAUUUUUAUUCA